AUGAUUAAAUACUUGUUUGUUUUAAUAUUACUUUAUUUGACUUAAGCCAAGAGAAUCAAGCAAAGCUAUGUCAUUAAAUAGCUGAAAGAUUGGCAUUACAUCUCUAAAUUCGGAGCUGAAACAGGCGAAGUCUUCUAUUCACUGACCUUCCGCAUCAUUAAUGCUGAAGAAAAUGAUGAGCGAACGAUUCCGAUCUCGUAUGAGUUAUAUUUAGAUGAGGAAUGGCAAAAUGCUAUUGAGAAGAGUGAAUGUGAUAGAAAUGGUGUUGCAAGGAGAAAGGAGACCAUUUGGGUUUCUGUUUAAAAUGGAUUUGAAUUCAAAGGAAGUCUAACAGCAAAAGUUAGAGCACAUUUGUGGUAUUUUGCAUUUAGUGAUUGUGAAAAAUAAUUAAGAAAUUCAUUUCCAGUUGAAAAUAAAGUUAAGUUAGAAGUGGAAUUACACAUAACAAAUGUUGGUGGCACUGAAUUUACAUUAGAAUAGUUUGGAAUUUUGCAAAUUAUAGGUGUAAUAGCCUUGAUUGAUGUAAUAAUGCUUAUUUAUAACGGGAUUCAAAUUCUAGAAAAAUAAAGAAAGUAUGAAGAAUUUAGUUUGCCAUUGUUUUUAUUGGUUAUUACUUUAUUAUUGGAAACAUUUUCAUAUUGUUUUUUAACCAUUCAUUUAUGGAUAUAUAGUGAGAAUGGUGCUGGAUCAUUAUUAUUAUAAGUGUUGUCUGUUAUUUUUUAAGUGGCAUCUCAAUUUUCAUUGACAAUGAUUUUAGUCAUGUUGUCAUGGGGAUGGUAAAUCAACUUUAGUAAAUUCGAUAAUUUUGAAUUAUUUUUACCAAUUUCAAUCUUAAUAGGGUUCUUCCAAAUUACAAUUGUUGGAGUCAGUUUCAUUGAUUAUGAUUCAUAUUUUAAGGAUCACUCAUACGAAGGCUGGGUUGGAUGGUUGGCUGCUCUGAUUUACAUAGGGGAACUCAUUUAUUUUACGAAUGGCUUAGUUGACACUUACAACAAGUAGAAUACAAAAAUAUAAUAAUUUAUUUUAUUAUUGGGUUUGUAUGGUGGAGUGUAUUUCAUUAGUUUCCCAGUGUUGUAGACUGUAAAUUUGUUUACAGCUAGGUAUGUGAGAUAUAAAGUGAUGGAAAUCGGAACAAUGUUAUUCAGGACUUCUGCGAUUUUGUUGCUUACUAGAUUGUUUACUUCAAAAAAAUCGAUAUUUGCUCAGAUUUCAAUAGAAAACAAGAGUUUCUUGGAUAGGAAUAAGGAUGAGUGA